AUGAGCGAAGACAACAACACCGACUUUUGGGCCGACAACUCCACUUUUGUCACCCUGGAGGACAUCGACGUGGUGGCGGAUGGUAGUCCGCUCCUCCGCGUCCUGAUCUGCUCGGUUUACUCCCUGGUGUGCGCCGUGGGUCUGGUGGGCAACCUUCUGGUUUUCUUCUUGCUGGGACCCAAACAGGAGCGCAAGACGUCCCGGAUGAACUUUUUUGUGCUGAACUUGGCACUGACCGACCUGCAGUUCGUGCUGACGCUGCCCUUCUGGGCUGCGGACACGGCUCUGGAUUUCAGCUGGCCCUUCGGGGACGCCAUGUGCAAAGCGGUGCUUUCCGUCACCGUGAUGAACAUGUACGCCAGCGUCUUCUUCCUCACGGCCAUGAGCGUCACCAGAUACUUGUCACUUGCGUCGGCUCUCAAGCGCAGCGAGUCCCACCGCGGGUCCCGCUCGGACAAAUGGACCUGCGCCCUGAUUUGGAUCCUUGCCAGCGCGGCCACGUUACCCACGUCCAUCUUUUCCACCGUUAGCCACGUGACCGGAGAAACCCUGUGUUUGCUCAAGUUCCCCGGCGGUCAAGCCUGGCUGGCGGUCUACCACAUCCACAAGAUCCUGGUGGGCUUCGUGGUACCCAUUUCUGUGGUGUCCGUCAGCUACGUCAAGCUUUUGCGCUUGAUCCGCAACAGAAGCAUGACGACCAGCAAUCCUAAAAGGACGUCACGAGUCACCAAGUCUGUCACCAUCGUCGUGCUGUCCUUCUUCCUCUGCUGGAUGCCCAACCACGCAGUCACCCUGUGGAGCGUUCUGGUCAAGCUCAACGCCGCCAAAUGGGACAGAACGUACUAUGUGGCGCACACCUACGUGUUCCCGCUCACCGUGUGCUUGGCCCAUGCCAACAGCUGCCUCAACCCCGUCAUCUACUGCCUCAUGAGACCCGACUGCAGGAGCAAGCUGAAGCUUCUCGUCCAUUGGGGAAGCGCCUCACAAGUUUAG